UUUCAUUCCUCGAAUCCCGUGAUUGACUCUUUGGUUGCAUGCUUUUUGAAAGCGACUUCUCAUCUUCUUUAACAAACCCACCAUUAAAACGACGUCGUUUUAUCACACAGGCUCAUUUUAGCCUUCAUCGGUCCACACUCCACACCCACUUCUGCCACCUUCUUUUUGGGGUUUAUGAAAGAAAAGCGUCAGAAAAAACUUCCUUAAAAAUCCCAUCAGAUAGAAUCAUCAAAGAAUAAGAAGAUGAUGAAGAGAGAGAAAAAAAAUGAUUGACUGAUGGUUAAGAAAACAAAGAGUGACAAAUUUCUGUACUUUGUAAGUAGUUUAAGUUCAAUAAGAAAAUACCCACUUCAAUUUAAGUAGAGUGAGAGAUUUUGUCACCUCAAAAAUUUUACACUUUUACUUAUUCAUCUCCAUUUUCAAUUUUUUUUUCUGGUGAAGCAAGGUCAAGUUAUCAACAGGUGAUAUGGGUGUACCUGGAAAAUGGAUAAAAGCCCUGGUUGGUUUAAAGAAGUCGGAAAAGUCACCAUCCUCGGUAAAAGAUGUAAAUAGAGCAAGGACUGCUGGAGAAUCUCGACAUCGCAGGAAUCAUUCUAUUGAGAUAGAUAACAAUGCACUUACAGGAGAACAAGGCCAAAAUAUUGAGUCUUGGGGUGCAAAUGUCGGGCAAGUUUCUGAUGCUGCUGCCUCCCCAUCAACCUCUAUCCCACUGCAGUCUGAAGCUGAUGAACAUCUGAUGAACCGAGUAGAAUGGGCAGCCACUUACAUUCAAACAUCUUUUCGUGGAUUUCUGGCGAAGAGAGCUUUGAGAGCAUUAAAAGGAUUAGUACGACUCCAAGCACUUGUCAGAGGGCAUGCUGUGAGAAAGCAAGCUGCAAUAACCCUUCGAUGUAUGCAAGCGUUGGUGAGAGUUCAAGCUCGGGUACGAGCAAGGCGUGUGCGUUUGGCAUUAGAAAGUGAGACAUCACAACAAAAUUCCCAUCAACAACUUCUACAGGAUGUCCGUGUUCGAGAGAUAGAGGAAGGAUGGUGUGACAGUACUGGCUCUGUAGAACAAAUUCAAGCUAAGUUGCUGAAGAGGCAGGAGGCUGCUGCUAAGCGCGAGAGAGCUAUGGCAUAUGCCUUGGCUCACCAGUGGCAGGCAGGAUCAAGACAGCUAGCUACUGCUGCCUCUGGCUUUGAGCCAGAUAAAAAUAGCUGGGGUUGGAAUUGGUUAGAGAGAUGGAUGGCUGUACGUCCUUGGGAAAAUCGAUUCCUUGACAUCAAUCUGAAAGAUGGUGUACAGAUAGUAGGUGGUGGAGAUGGUGAGGGUACGAAUGAGACUAAAAUACAAAUGAAAUCUUCUGGAAGGAAGCCUAUUUCAGCAAACCCCCCUGGACAAAAACCAGUUCCAUCUAACUCUGACGGAUCUUCGCCUAGCAAGUCAGCAGGUACCCAUGAAGCAUCCAACUCAAUGACCUCCAAGCAAAAAUCCAAACAACUGCACGAAGACCCUGUUGAAGAAGCCAGCUCAAGACCUCCCCCUAGCUCAAGGUCCCGCAGCACCCCCAAAGAAAGAAUUGUUCAAGACGUGAAGUCUCAAAAACGUUUGUCUUUGCCUAGUAAUGCAGGAAAUCAAGGGGCUCAAACAGCCAAGACACUAACAAAAACUGCUGUCAAAAGGACUCCGGCAACAAGAAAGCCGAUCAAGGAUAGAACCAAAUCAGUCGGAAAUCAUGCAAAACAGGCCCAACAACGGGCCAUCGAUGUUUAGCCCAGCUGCACUUUCCAAAACACGAAAAUUGUCUCGUAAAUUAUCAUGGUGUGGUCUAUUAGGUGUAAAUAUGGAGUUUCUUGAAGCAUGAAAGCAGAUUAUCAUGCUACUUCUAGUGAGCUGUUUUGAGGCUUCUGGUACACCUACCCCUUACAGUAUAGAGAAUAUCAGCUGAUGCCUCAAUGUAUUAAUAAAGUUUGGACUUGGUAGCUGUAACUUGUAUGUUGUAUCUGUGUAAUUGUGUAAUUUAUGCGUGUAAUAUGGGCAAAUUAGUCAUUGACAUUGCCCUUUGGUGUAAUGUACGCGAAGGUGUUAAGUAUUUCACGUUAUAUAUUGUUACUAUAUGCAAUUUUUUCAA